AUGGCACAUAUCAAGCCAGAGAUGCAAACAGCCCACGAAAUCGGCAUCCUCACCGUCACGCUCAAGUCUCACGGCUCGCGCAACCAUUCGAGCGGGAAGAUCGAGUGUCCUUACGGGAUUGUGUUCGACAAGACGCAACAUACUCUCGAAGCGCUGAACGGCACCCUCCGCGCCGCCAAGCGCCAAAAGAAGAUCACAUUCGAUGGUGAGCUCCUCAUGAUGCCCAAAGACAAGGACGUCCCCAUCGUAUUGCUGGACGAGGGAGAGGGAGAGGAGGAGGAGAGGAAGGUGCAGGAGACGCUGCCUUAG